UGAGGGAGUAUCACAGGCUUAUCUUCCCCGGCCACUUCUUUCAUAAGCUUCGGGACACUUCCUACAUAGCCAAUCAAAUGGAUUUCCAUAGGGUGUGCUGUUGAUUGCAGUUCUCAUUGUAACAACCCACGGAAGGAUGGAAUAACUGUGCCACCCACUGAAAAUGGAUCAUGUGCAGAAAGUUUCCUGGAGAGCUUCAGAAAGGGGAUGUGAUCUGUGAAUCAGCUUCAUCUUUUCCUGUAUUGAACAAUGCACAGAAAGCUGAGAUGCUGACGAUCAAUGUCAAUUUUUACAAACAAAAUUAAGAGAAUGCAAAGGUGUGCAGAAGACGUUCUCAUGUGUCUUUGGCUUGAGAAUGAUCCCAGGUCAAGGCUUGCUGAUUCUUCUGUUUCUUGAAGCUGCUUUUGCAAGCCAUUGUCCACACCAGUGUACAUGCUCUCCACCAGGAAACAGUCCACUAAAACUGAACUGUAGCUUCAUGGGAAUGAUGGUGCUUCCACUUUUGCCAAGUCAAGUAGAAGAGUUGUACCUCCAGGACAAUAAACUAGCCACGAUACCUGCAGGAGCAUUUGACCAUCUUCAGGUGUUGAAGAUCAUCAAUCUAUCUAGGAAUCCAUGGCAUUGUGACUGUGGGAUUUUGUAUUUGAAAAACUGGUUGGACGACCAAGUGGGAAGCUUAGCUUCUAAAGAUGUGAGGUGCUUUUCCCCUCCUGCACUUCGCAAAAAAAUGAUAUCUGAGCUCAAGAGGAACGAACUGCAGUUUUGUUUCACUUCCCGGACACUGUGUUCGGAUUUCUUGUUCAAUGAUGCAUUCCUAUUCUUUUUUAUUCUUAUUCUUUUUAUUAUCAAUUGUUUCUUGAUAACAAAAAGGACUAAGUUUAAAGUGGAUGUUUAUAACAAGAAUUUAUGACCAAAAAACCCCCCAAGCCGGCAGACCCAGGAACUGCAGCCUGCUACUUCUGAUCAACCAAAAAGAAAAACAGAGAAAAAAGUACUUAGCCAUUCAUCAUUGCUUGUGACUACUGUGCAUUAAGUUGCAGAACAAAGAGAAAGGUCAAACAAAUUAUUUCUGUUUAUCAUUAAAAGUCAAACGGUCAACUGAAAA